AUGAACUGUCCAAUCAGAUGCACAGCCAGAAAGAAGAAGGCGGCACCCGGGAUUCCGAGCUUGUCUCCUGAGCUGGUCUGCGACCUGGGGCCUUCUCUUCAGAUAUUUCAUUUCUGGAGGGACCAGUUGUCUCUGCAGCAGCCUCUGUCACCCUGUGCCCUUGAAGGUACUGGGAGAUCUGUAAGGAGGACACUGGGACUUCGCGGGAGCUGGGAAAUGGGACUGUUGACAUUCAAGGACGUGUCUAUUGAAUUCUCUAUGGAUGAGUGGGCCUGCCUGGACCCUGCUCAGCAGCAUUUGUAUCGGGAAGUCAUGUUAGAGACCUACAGAAACCUGGUCUUCCUGGGUCUUACUGUCUCUAAGCCAGACCUCAUCACCUGUCUGGAGCAAAGCAAAGAACCCCGGAAGGUGAAGACACAGCAGACACUACUCAAGCACCCAGCUCUACCUAAUCAUUCUACCCAAGACCAUUUGCAAGAGCUGGACACAAAUAUUUUAUUUCCAGAGCUGAUCCUGAGCAGACAUCAAAUAUGUGGCCCUGAGAAUUUAAACUUUACAAACAACUGGGAAGGUGUGUAUGAAUGUAAGCAGCAGAAAGUAUGUUACAGUGGACUUGACAAAUGUGUAACAGCUACCCAUGGCAAAGUCUUCAGACAGUUGUCAAAUCUAAAUAGACAUAACAUGAUAUAUACCUUAGAGAAAACUUUUACAUGUGAAAAGUAUGGGAAAUCCUGUAAGCUCUGCUCACACAUCACAGAACAUAAGAUAACAAAUACUGCAGAAAAACAAUACAAAUGCAAAGAAGGUAGCCAAUUCUUCCAAUCUUGCUCAACACUCCAUACUGGAGAGAAACUCAACAGAAUGUGA